AUGGAGGAACUUCCUAUUAAAGUUGAGAUUCUAUACGAAUCCGAUCAACUCUUUUCAGAACUAAAGAAGAUUGGACAGUACAUCCCACUUUCAACAUUUCUCGAGAUUCUAAAACUAAAACUUGACGGAAAAUUUGAGAUACUCAGAGUGAAGAACAAAGUAGUGAAACCUAAAGUAGAGGGUGAAACUAUUGAUGUUGUCUACACUCGCUUGAGAAAACACCAGGUAUUGCCUGAUGAAACAAAGAAGGCGGACUGGGGACCUUUUAAUGGUCCGAUGAAAGAUCAGGGAGAACACGAUAUAUGUUGGGCGAUCGUGACGGCUGAAUUAGUCACUGCGAUACGGUGGAUCAAACAACAUGAAAACGGGACUGAGUACUUGUAUCAAGAGCUUGUAGAUUUUGUGUUUCCCGAGAAAGGAAAGCUGCAAAAAAAUAAGGCACAUUUCUGUUAUAAGCUCAGCAUCGUAAAAGCUUUGAGGUAUGUUGUUCGACAAGGUAUUCAAAAAGCACUAGAUCGGCCUUUCGAUGGGUGCAAAGAGUUUCCACCGCCUCGGGUUUUAUCGAAUUCCCACCUAGGAGGGUAUAUUUGUGCCGCCAAGUUGAUACAACAUUGCUACUUAUGAGAUUUUGGAAGAAUGUGAACAUG